CGCUGAUGAGGCGAAGGUAACGGGAGAACAGCCCAGCCGUGCCUCCCAGCGAUGGCGGCGGUCCUUUUCGGGCCCGGUAUAGUGCUGUCAACACUAGAAUCUGCUCACCAAGUAUUCGAUAUAAUGACCUGCUUGCUCUAGGCGCUAGAUUUGAGACAUUUCUUACCAGGUUUUGGUUUUUGGGAUUAGCUCUUCUCAUAUUCCAUCAAUUGCAGCAUCAAUUCUUUUGUGUAUGUAUAUCUUGAUCGAGGUUUAUGUCUUGAACCGAGGCGAUUCUUUUGUAUCAUCCUGCAACUUGCAUCAUUAGAUGCCGCUGCUAAAGGGUGGCUGUGGUUGUUGGCCUGUGUUAUCUCGAGCCCAGAGCCCAAAAUGUAAUGGAAAGACUCCUUACGACUCGCCCGUGUAGGGUUCGCCUGAGCAGGGCUUUGCGUCCGUUGGGGGGUGUCGCAAAUGUCAUGCUUCAACAGUCGCCACCAUUGAAAUAAAAAAGUAAUUUUGAUUACAAAAGUCAUCAGAAUAAAGACCUGCCAGUCUUUGGGGCAUCCGCAGUGGUGCGGGGGAAUUUAUUCAGCCUCUUCUUUAUGUUGCAACCCAUUUCCACCUAAAGAGGCACGAGAAGAGAGUAGGUUUUGGCGGCAGCGGGCAGCGGUGGUGCUGGGAGAUGGCUAAAAGAGCAAAGAAGCAGAUAAACCUCUUCUACUGCGCUGAGUCCGAAGAGCUCGCCAGGAAGGUGGCCGACCACUCCGACGUGAUCCAGCUCCAGACCAUCACUUGGAGGAACUUUGAUGAUGGAUUCCCCAACCUUUUUAUUAACAACGCACAUGAUAUUAGAGGACAGCAUGUUGCCUUUCUAGCCUCAUUCAGCUCACCAGGAGUCAUUUUUGAGCAAAUAUCUGCAAUUUUUGCCUUGCCAAAACUAUUUAUUUCUUCUUUCACCUUGGUGUUGCCAUUCUUCCCAACUGGUUCUUUUGAACGGAUGGAAGAAGAAGGAGAUGUGGCUACUGCAUUUACAAUGGCACGGAUAUUGUCAAUGAUUCCUAAGUCUCGGGGUGGUCCAACUAGUAUUGUCAUCUAUGACAUACAUGCAUUGCAGGAAAGAUUUUACUUUGGGGAUGAUGUCUUGCCUUGCUUUGAAACUGGCAUUCCACUAUUGUUGCAGCGUCUUCAUGAACUUCCCGAUGCAGAUAAUAUAACUAUAGCUUUCCCAGAUGAUGGGGCAUGGAAGCGGUUUCACAAGCUGUUGAUGCACUUUCCAAUGGUUGUUUGUGCAAAGGUUCGUGAAGGUGACAAGAGAAUAGUUCGAAUUAAGGAAGGGAAUCCUGAGGGUCGACAUGUUGUCAUCGUGGAUGAUUUGGUACAAUCUGGUGGCACUCUUAUUGAAUGUCAGAAAGUUUUAGCUGCUCAUGGUGCUGGAAAAGUAAGUGCUUAUGUCACCCAUGGUGUGUUCCCCAAGAGAUCAUGGGAGCGAUUUCUACACAAAAAUGCUGAGGGUUCAGAUCAUCAAUUUGCAUACUUUUGGAUAACCGACUCAUGCCCACUUACGGUGAAGGCCAUAGCUAACAAGGCUCCAUUUGAGGUGCUCAGUCUUGCUGGCUCUAUUGCGACUGCCCUUCAGAUCUAGAUUUUCUAUGGCAGCUAUGUUAUGUCGACGGCAUUGUUUGAACCAUCCUGACUCUUUAAACAAACCCGUGCCUGCCUUGAUCCUCUUAAAAAUUCUCUCAUCUUUUCCAUUUGUGCUGUUCAGUGAGAACAUACAUAUCAACUUCCCAGCCACAUUUUUAGCAGUCUGUUCUUCCAAACUACUCUGGAAUUUGUCCCUUUCUAUGUACUGACGAACCUACGCAAACAAAUUGCUGGGAAAACAUGUUUCUGGUCCUUUGCACCAAAUCUGGUUGAUCAUAUGCUGAAGGUUCUUUGCUGAAACAAGAUUAUCAUGUA